UGGGGAGCUCGUCGACUGCCUGGGAGCGCAUCGUCACUCACACCCUCGGCGACGACGACCCACACACUCGCCACCCCGUUCGGCAGAUAACAUCUACCGGCGUGGAUUGAGUAAACACCAAUUCCGGCACUCAAUUAACGCGCCAAGUCGAGCCCUAGGCCGGCCACCUCGUGACCUCAAGCUCUGCGCCAGCCUCCGCGGCGCUAUCUCCAGCCUCCCCAGCUUCUUGCUUCCUCGCGCGUCUCGCAUCUCUCCAUCAUCCACUCUACUGUCGACGUCCCCAUCUCGUCGCCAUCCUCAUCCUUAUCCCCCCAUUGCUCUUCGUUGAGCAAGCACACCCACCAACGCACCUCCCGUAACAAGGACGUCACGCCCCACACGCACCUGCGCUCCCGCACCGAUCUCGCCACCGUUCCGGUCUGAGACCCGCUCACGCGUCCCAACCAUCCGCGGCAGUCUCAACAAGACCCAUCACUUACCUUACACGCAACACAAUGACCGUGAUUCCUCCAGGUGCCAGGCUGGCACCACCCGUGGACCUUCCGCCGCCGCCGCCUGCGGCAGAUCCCCGCGAGCCGGAGGGCAGGCGUGUCUCGAGUAGAACUCCUGGCCGCGCCAAGUCGCCCUACAGCAGUCGCGCCAACUCGCCCACGCGCCCGCGCGCCGACUCUAACUCGCCACCGCCACUACCGCUGCUGGCGCCUAAGCCCCGGACCGCGUCGGGACAGGGCUCUCUUGGCAAGCACCAUGGGCCCGUGCACCUCUCGCGGCCGAGCUCGCCGAGCAGCAUCCACUCCAGCGGCAGCGCGAUUUUUGAGCGCGAUAUUGAGAUGCCCGCCGCGCAAAGCCUUAGUACGCUCAGCCACAAGGGGAGCCGCGUGUUCCACCACCCGCACGGCUCGACGCUGGAGCACACCGUGCCCGCCGUGCUCGACGAUGCGGUUGAGGCCCUCACGGCCUCAGGGCCCGACAGCAUAACCGGCCUUGAGAUCGAGGCGCCCGCAUCAACGACGGGCGCCGCGCGCUGCGGGUCGGCUUCGCUCUCUCCAGCACUGCGGUCUCGCGUCGCCUCCAUGCCCUUCAGCGCCAGCCGUUCGCCCUCCCCCGACUCUAACCCACACUCGCCGCACGCGCCGCCUCUCUCGCUGGCUGCCGCCGCCCUUGCUCCCCUCACUGGCAACAAGAACUCGACCUCCAUGUCGCCGACGUCCAUCGACCUCUCGCAAGGCAUGCCCGACUCCCCCACGCAGAUGUACCACGGCAAGCACCGGCCCGCUCCGCUGCGGCAUCUCUCGAGCGGUCCCCAGGUUCCUGGCGGGUGGGCGUUCACGGACGAGGACUCGCAGGGCGCGACGGCAGUGAGAAGUGAGAGCACGAGCGGCGCGGUGACCCCGGUGCCGUCUGCCCUGCCCUCGCAUCUCACGCCGACGAAGGAGAAGCGUCGUGUCAGCUUCAUCUCGUACAACGACCUGCUGCUCAGUGUGCCCACCGCCGUCACCUCCCUGGACGACAUUACCACCGGCAACCAUGCGCCGGACCAUCUGCCCGGCACUGUGUCGCCGAGCGUGUCGUCUCGCUCCCCCGUCAUGGCCGCAAGCCCCAUCAGCCUUGCUGGCCCGUCCAUGCCCGACGCUCUGCGCCCACUCAACAGCACCAUGCUCGAGGGCGAGUGGCAACGCGAGGGCCUGGGCAAGGGUCUCGAGCAACGCCUCGAGGACCUCGUGUUCCAUGACAAGCCUGUCACCGCAGAGCCCAAGGCCUAAUGAAUGACCAUUUAGUAGCCAUAUACCCCUUCCGGCAGGGUGUCCGCACCAUCAAAUGUCUGGUAUAAUUAACGAUCGCGUAGAUGCUGUGAAUGCAAUGGAUACAGUGGAUAGUCUACAAUUCUAG